CCCGUAUAGACGUCCGUGUGUUGAACUGUUGAUCACAGAGGCCAGCACCAUCAUGGAGUGCCCAGGGACGCCGCGACCGUCAGAUGACGAUGUCCAAGACAUCAUCGACAAGCGAGGACUAGUGUUUGGACUGGGUGGAAGCACCGCCCGCCAGCCUCCACCUUCUCCCAACAGCCCCGCUCGCCCAGUUCCUGCCGCCGACCGAACGUAUCGCUCAGUGUUCCAACAACCGGCAAUCGAGGUGCAACCCGCGUACGCCGAGAACGACUGGUACGACUUUCUAUUCCUUCCAGCCAAGCUUCUUGCCCACACGCAAGCGUUGAAAGCAAACCCGACGUUGACUCCCACGGCGCACGACGUGCUCACGGAACUCCUGCGCAAGGCGAAGCCUAGUGGGGCCGACGAACCAACGAAAGCUCGGGACCACACAUUGCAAUGCCUUGCGGCACUAGUAGUCCUCCAGCUCCAGUUUACUCUGGAAGAUAUUGAAGCUACGGUGCCGACGAACCUCCAGAAGGGUCUACUGGACGGCCUCGUCAAGUAUGCCAGCGAUCCCAAGAAAGGUGGGUUGAAUCUCCACGAUGUGGCGCAUAUUCACAUGGACGAUGCGAUCCUGCUGCAUAAUCGGUGGCAACUCCGUAUUGCGAUCAAGAAGAUGCUCAUGAAUGCAUUGACUGUGUCGAACAAGCUGCCCUUGAGCGACAACUUGAAGCCGCCACCCGACGAGGUCGAACAACUUGCUUCCAUCUCUGGUCUCGUGCCAGUGGCGCAGCUUCUGGAAGAUAUCCAAAUGUCGUUGGCGACAACGCCAUCGACAAAUCCAUCUCCUUCGACAGUCUCGCUACGCCACGCCCUUCGCAUGGACUUGGGCAUCUUUCACUUUCACCAGAAGCAAUACGACAUGGCACUGGCAUGCUUUCAAACCCUCGUGAAAGUCCAAGACAACCAAGCACCGCUCGGCGACAAGAUGCUGGUGGGGUACCUUCAUGCGUGCGAAUCUGUGGUCGGCAAAGCAGAGUCGUCGCUGGAAGAGUCUGUGGCGCACUGGUGGGCCCAAAGCGACUGGCCCAACUUGAUCCAAGCGCUCGAGAAGGACAACCUCCAGCGACUUGAUGGCACACCGUCCACGGCGGUGCUCUCCACGAGAUGCCGAAGUCAACUCGAGUUCAAUUUCAAGCAAUUUAUAUCCCAGCCCAGCGACAACCCAGCAAUGGAAUGGACCGCCGUCGCUGCGGCGGUCCGAAAGCUGCGCAUCCUCAACGCUCUAUACCAACAUGUGCUUGUGCCGCUGCUGUUGAUUCCCGCCACCACGGAGCCCCGUUCCAGUCGAUUCAAUUCGAUCAUGACGGUUGGGAUCUGUGCCUUGCGCCGCAUCCUCAUCAACGCCGAUGACGUCAAGUACCUUCAUGGCCACGUGGAGAACAUCACCGCCGCCGACCCAGAGCGAAAUCACCAAGUCGAAGCUUUCCAACGAGAGAUUUUCAAGGGCAUUCCGUUGCGCCCGCCAGUCGUGGUGGCUGACGCAACUCGCCGUCAGCAGCGCCUGUACCAAGACCACCCGCCCUUCAUGGACACCCCCACGGAAUGCGACGCCAUGAUCUUGGCGAUGGCAUCCAGGAUGCUCCAUCAAUCCCAAUGGGCCGAACUGAGCCAAGUGUCGUGGAAAGCUCACCUGACGGACACCCCAGCCGACAAAACGAGCCGUUUGUUGACCAUCUCGAGCGUCUGCGGCGCCCUCAUGCACACGACGAGUCGGCUCGUCUUGACGGCGUCGCCGUCCUCGUUGGCCAACGGAUUCCCUGUCAAAAUCGUGGUCGGGCUGCUGGACGAUGUGGUGAAGGAAGUGGCGGAUGCUGCAGCUCCCCGAGAAUGUUUGGUCGAGUGGGUGCCUGUUCCAGUGCUGGACACGAUCGUGUCGCUUACGGCCGGUCUCCUUCAGCGCGCCUACGCACUCAACUUGUGCGAGUAUCGGGUUUCGUACGACUUGACGCCGUACGGCGACCUGGCCAUCUUGAUGGCGUUCGCGCCAGACAAUCCGACGGGCGUCGACGCCGUGCAGUCGGUGAAAGCGACGCAGUCGGAAAUUGUCCAAGUGCACUUGGUGUGCCUCCAAGCCCUCGUGACGCGAUGUCCACGAGAUCCGAGGUGGCACUGCGCCCGUGCCGACGUCGCGGUCAAUCCGAUCGUGCUUCAAAAACUCUCGUCUGCUCCCGGUACGCCCCAACGAGGCCACCACGUGCUUGACACACGAGUUGUAUGGGCAGACUUUACAGCGGCCGUGCGAAGUUACUUGGUCGCAGCGUCGUUGGCGACCAAUUUCUUUGAAGAUGCGCAGUUUACCGACGUGAUCGACCACGGGUCCCUCGUUCGGUUGUCGUACUGCCUCGUCAAGCUCGGUGCCCAUGUCGCUGCGGCCGUGUUGUACCAGAUCUUUCCACCCGAUGAAGUGGCGUACGGUCUGCGCAUCUUGCACCUGUCGCCCGCGCAGCACGACGCGGCGUUCUUUCAGUACAUUUGGGAGCUGUCGUAUUUGGAGACGCUGGUGCACUUGCAUGCCAACACCAAGCACAAGAACCCGAGCCAUGUCGAGAUCUUGACCCAAUUGAUUCAGUGCCCCGAACUGAACGCGUCCAACCCGAUCCAAAGCAAGAAAGAGAUGGAGCAGCGCAUCCUCCGAAGCUACUUUCGCGAGCUGUGUCGGCUCUACUUGGUCGCCGAACACGUCCCGUCGGCGUAGCUAGUUGGAUUCGAUCGAAACAUGAUGCGCGUUUUGACUUGCCACGACGCACCCAUACGUGCAGGAACACGGCGUGGGUGGAUCCCGACCUGGUCGAUUCGAAUCGCUA